AUGCAUGCUUCCGACGCCUUUUUCCGCGACAUUCAGGGCCGUGCUCUGCUUCUCCGCGGCGUCAACCUCUCCGGUCAGAACAAAUCCCCCAUCGGUCAGCCCUCGCAGAAGCUCAAAGGCUUUUGGGAAUCCGCCGAAUCCGGUGGAGAAUCCUUCGUAGGUCAACCGCUCAAUCUUCAAGAUGGCUCUGCAGAUGUCCACCUCGCGCGUCUUCGCUCGUGGGGCUUCAACUGUCUUCGCUAUGUCUUCACUUGGGAAGCUAUCGAACACGAGGGUCCCGGCCAAUACGACACCGCAUUCCUCGAUUACACUGUGCAAGUGCUCCGCAAGGUAAAGCAGUACGGUUUCCGGGUCUUUAUGGAUCCGCACCAGGACCUCUUCUCUCGCUUCACAGGAGGCUCGGGCGCACCUUACUGGACGCUCAUUGCGUGCGGCAUGAACCCUCGCAACUUUACUUCCACACAGGCCGCUUUCAUUCAAGCAGAAUGGCCCAAUGCCAACGACCCCGAUCCCGCCGACUUUCCUGAUAUGCUCUGGGCCACAAAUUAUACCCGCUUGGCUGCUGCGACCCUCUCUGUCCUCUUCUUCGCCGGCAACCACUUUGCUCCACGGUGCAUCAUCGAUGGUCGCAACAUCCAAGACUGGCUCCAGUCCCAUUACCUGAAUGCUUGCAAACAGCUACUCCAAAAGAUUGUCGAUGCCGGUGAUCUUGUCGAGCAGUGUGUCAUUGGCUGGGACAGCAUCAACGAACCGAAUCAGACUUACAUCAGUCUCGAGAGCAUCUCCACCAUUCCCGAUUCCUGGCGUCUCAAAAAGGGUCCCGUCCCUACCCCCAUACAGAGUUUCCGUCUCGGAGCUGGUCAAGCCCAAACACUCGAGAACUGGGUGUUUGGCGCCAUGGGUCCAAAACGUAAUGGCUCGGUCACAGUUGAUCCCAAAGGCGCUCUCGCUUGGCUCACGGACGACGAGGAUCGUCUUCACGGCGGUUCCAAGUGGGGAUGGAAACGUGAUGACGCUUGGCCCCUCGGUCAAUGUCUCUGGGCGGCUCAUGGUGUUUGGGAUCCGGCGACGGGCGAAGUUCUCAAUGACGCCUACUUCCGCCUCUUUGAAGGCCCCGCAGGGAGCAGGCCAGCCGAGUUUGCCGAAGACUAUUGGCUUCCUCACUACCGCAAAUACGCACAGCUCAUACGAUCGACUCACAAGGAAGCCAUCAUGUUUAUCCAGCCGCCCGUCUUUGAGCCGCCACCCAAGUCUCUUUCACAGAACGACCUCAAGCAACGCGCAUGUCUCUCUGGCCACUUCUACGACGGUCUCACACUCAUCACCAAGCAUUGGAACUGGUUCAAUGCAGAUGCCGUAGGCCUGCUUCGCGGAAAGUAUCCUGGCGUCCUCUUCGCCAUCCGCAUGGGCAAUAAAGCCAUCCGGCAAUGCAUCCGCGACCAGCUCGGCUACCUUCGACAGGAUUGCCUCGACGGCUUUGGCAAGUACCCGACUCUGAUCGGUGAAAUCGGUAUCCCAUACGACCUCGACAAGAAAAAGUCGUACUUCGGUGACAGCAGAGGACGCGGCAUCGGAGACUAUUCAGCACAGACCUUGGCCCUCGAUGCUUCGCUCAACGGAUGUGAUGGCAGCAACCUCCUCAGCUACACUGUCUGGACCUACUGUCCCGAUAACAGCCACCAAUGGGGCGACGACUGGAAUGGCGAGGAUCUCAGCAUCUGGUCUCAGGACGACGUCAAGGCAGCUGAAGCCGAGGACUCUACUGAUGCUCCACGCCGUCGCACGCCAAGCACCUCCAGCUCGUCCUCGUCGUCGACAAGUGCGCGCUUGAAGCCUCUCACCGGUCUCACGCCUCUUUCCUCUGGCCUCAGUUCCCGAUCCAGCAUCAACCUACCAGAGCUCAUACCAGGCGACGGCAACUAUAAUGCGCCUGAUCUGCUCAACGGGUCACGCGCUGCUGCCGCUUUCUGCAGACCCUACCCCGUGGCAACAGUCGGCACUCCCGCAAGCAUCGACUUUGACAUCAAAUCGUCCGAGUUCAAAUUUGCUGUUGAUAUCACCAGCGCUGAGUUGGAGCACGCCGGUCUGGCCACAGAGAUCUACCUCCCCUUCCUCCAUUAUGGUGCCGACGAUGUGGCUGCAGCUGCCAGCGGCGAUCGAGGAAAUAGGCGCGACAAGAUGGGCAAUGCCUCGCAGCGGUGGGCCCGCAAGCAGGAAAAGAAGCUACGCUCAGCCGACUCGCUCGCUUCCUCUACCUCGAGCUUGAGGACUAGCCGGGCGUCGAGCACCGAUGACGUCUCGUCCUCAUCCGCUUCCACGGUGCUGGCUGACUCCACUGAGCUUUCUAGAGCGUCCUCUUCGAGAGAAUCGGCACUUCAAACAGCCGCGCUACAACAGCUUCUUUCCAUCGACGUCGAGGUGUCGGCCGGUCGCUGGGAGGUGGAGGGUCAGUAUUUGAAGUGGUACAUGGACAAGGCCGAUGCCAUCGCUGAAGAUGCUGGAAAUCCUGUCGACGGUGUCUUCCGCCACUCGAUCAAGGUUAAGAGGAGAGGCGGCCCGGUCAAACUCGAGAUGUCCGGCAGUGCUUGGGACAUCUUGACUGCAUGUGGUAUCCUCUAG